CACAAACGGUCGACCGUGGUAUUUGAACGGUCCAUCUUAUCAACCGUGAAAAUUUGGUCCAGAAGCCUGCCAUACAAAUGAUCGACCGCGGGAAAGAAUGGUCCACAAGAUCGACCAUCGUCGCGUCAGAAUAUUUUAAAAAAUCUAUCUCCUCCCUAUCACGGUCCAUGUAUUCUUCCGCCUCCUUCCUCCGUUUUGGUUCCAGCACUCCCUCUCUCAAGAAUUUCUUCUUUUGUUUGGCCCAAGAACUUCAACAUGGCUCCCAAGAAGAACACCAACAAGCGCACAAUUGCUCUGGGUAAAAUUCUCAACCUAUCGGAUUUCCCCGAAUCCAUAAUUUCGGUUCUUAGGCUUCAAGGAUUGCUAGGGUUUGUCUCUAUAGAUGAAUUGGUUUAUGAUGAUCUUGUUUAUGAAUUCUAUGACAACUUAUCCAUGGAAACUAAGAUUGAUGAUGAUAAUGAAGGAAAAGAAACUAAUUUUCUCAAAUCUAGGGUUAAGAACAAAACUAUAAUCCUUGGAAUUGAGGAAAUUUGUGAAUGUUUUGGUAUUAUUGAUAAUCUGGAUGGCUUUGAUACGUAUGAUUGGUAUGGUUGGGGCAUCAAGGGCAACACCCUAACUAUGUGUGUUGAUAGCCUACACAAUAGUGUUGAACAUUCCGGAAUUGUUAGGCCUAAAAGAGAAUUUUUGAAUGUUAAUCAACAAAUUCUUUUGAAAAUCUUAAAAGAAUGUCUUUUGCCUACCGGAAGCAAUUACUCCAUUGUUGGUAUGCUUGAAUGCUCCAUCGUCUAUCACUUGGAAACAAAUUCCCUUAUUCAGUUCCCGGUAAUGGUAAUGCAACCCAUGUGGAUUCACAAGAGUCACAGACAACUUCCCUAUGACAUGGCAUUAACCAAAGUGUUCCGAAAGGCCAAAAUCAAGCUUGAAAAACACCACAAGAGGAACUAUGAUUACAAGAAGAUGGAUGCAACAAGCCUUCGAAGGCCUAAAUCUCCGUCAUCAUCAUCUUCUUCUUCUGAGGAAAAGAGUAGUGCUAAGAAGAAAUCCAAAUGGCCGAUCAUUGAGGAAGUUGUUGAGGAAGACCUCGAAACAAUCAACGAGGAGAAUUUGCAAGAAGGAGAAAGUCUUGCCGAACAUCGACAUAGUUUCAUCGACGGCACGACCAUCGCCUCCUCCGUAGACGAUGCUGAAUGGUAUCAAUUUGAUGCCUUAAUUCAGGGAUGGAUCUUGUCCACAAUCACGGAUGAAGUCUCCGACCUUGUGCUUGCCAACAAUCUCUCUGCUCAUGCCCUAUGGACGGCAAUCUACAAUCUUUUUCACGACAAUAAGCAUGCCCGGGCAAUGCAACUGGAGCAUCAUUGUUUCUGUACAACUGUGAAGGAGCAACUCUCCAUCAACGAAUAUUGUCGCCUUCUCAAGAACCUCUCCGAGUAUCUUGAUGAUGUGGAUGCUCCUGUCACCGAACAUGCCCUUGUCCUCCAAGUUCUUCAAGCGCACAAGAGAGCAAAAGGAAAGCAACUCAAUAGCAGCGUCCCAUUUUUUUUUCCUUCUUUCUUCUACGAACUUGAGCGACAUCCCAAGAGCAGAGGAGACCAGAUCAAUAAUGCAACCUUCAACGUCUCUCCACAUAAAUCGCCGAAACGCUCCAACCGGAAGAAAUUGUAAGUCCAAAGCUCCUCAUUGCUAUAAAUUGAAGACAAAUUGCACCAUUCAAUAGGGGGAAACACACGAGAAUAAAGCAGCGGCCAAGCCGCUGCUAUGGCGGACGGCUGGCAGACGCGAACCGGCGGCGGCAUCAGUUCCGGCGAGCGGUCGGCAGUAGCUCCGGUGGGCAGCCUCCAUCACAGCUCCAAUUCUUCAAUUUGUUCAUCUUCUUCCUCCAAUUGGUAACUCUUAUUUGUCAAUUUUAUCUUUUUUUCUCCAAUUCUAUGUAAAAGUUUUCUUUUUGUUCAAUUUUCACAUUUUUUUGCUUGUUGUGUUUGUUCCAAAUAUUCUAAAAAAUGUGGAAGUAUGUUUUCAUGUUUGAUUGGUGAGUUGGGGUUCUAAGGUAUAUUUCAAAAUGGGCCUUUGAAUUACAUGACUCCGGGCCGUGUGGAGAGUUGACAAUCCUCCAUAUCGUGGUUAAGGAAAUGAAUCGACUCGGCCUUUGGUUGAUUUUUCUAUUCUUAAGUGCGUAAGUUACGUAAUAUAUUGUCUAAGUGCCUAUUAUACGUGUAAUGUUCAAUUUGUGUUUGUUCUCUUUUUCAUUUUGUUUCGGUAGUUAGUUUUAUUUUUAUAUUUAUUUUCUUGACAACGUAUUCGCAUACUAAAAUGGUUUUAAAAAAUACAAACUUUCUCCGUGGGAUCGACCCUUACUUGCCCUAGUUAUUGUUUUUAUUUGAUUAUAUAUUGGGGGUUAGCUAAGGUUAUUUAUAAAUUUUUAAUUUGUUUUGGACCGCACGACAAGUCCUCAACAAAUUUUGGCGCCGUUGCCGGGGAAAGUAUUGUAAGAAAUCAUUUUAGCAUGUGCUUCUGUUCUUUGUUUGUUAGAAAAUUUGUUCUAGAAGUAGCUUCUUUCUUUUGUUCAUAUCUGUUUCCUUUAAUUUCUAGAAUUGAGGUUAGGAAAGCUAGAGUAAAUUGAAAUCAGCAAUGUUCUUUGUGUUUAUGUUGAAAUUUGUGAUCAAUAUGCUAUUUUGUGAAGAAUUUGGUACCAUUUUUCAGAAAAUCUGCAUUUUGAACAUUAUUUUGUGCUUUCUUGCUUGCUGAUUGUUGCUAAGACUGGCUAUGUGUUGAUUUGAAUGAGCUAUGGUGUUUUUUUUCACAAAUGACUCUCUGUCCAGAGUGAUUGCUAAAAAACUUGCACUUAAAUUCUUAGUUUGCAUGCUGAAGUUUUGCUCUUAAAGUUGAUUUUUGCUAAAUCUUGAAUAUUUACUUCUAAAUUUGCAAACUGAGCACCAUGUUCAAAACUUUUACUUGUGGAUUCUUGGUGAUAUAUGUCAAUUAUGCAUCCGGAUAAUUGUUUUGCAAGAGAACGAAAAAAACAGCAUUGCUCUAAAAUUUGAUUUAAAGUUGCUGAUUUUUCUAAAAAUCUGCACUUUUUAAUUUAAUGUAUGUGCUGAUUUUUGUCUCUAGAACUGCUCAUAUGCUUCUAAAUAUAUGCUCCUAUGCUUGAAAUAUGAACCAUGAUUGCUAUAUUUUGAUUAGGGACAAUAUUUAGAAGCAUAUCAUGAUGUUUAUAUGCUGAUUUUUUGGUUUUGAAGCUGAAUUUGCUAAAAUUCAGACCUACACUGCUGUUUUUGUGGAAAAAUCUGCAACAUUUUGCUUAAAACCAAGCUGAUUUUGAGUUCUCUAAGUGCUUAUACUUCUGAAAUUUGAACUAUUCUUGCUAAAUUUUGCACAGGAACUAAUCUUAUAAGCUUCUAGCUUGGUUGUGCAAAUAGAAUUUUGAUCCCUUUUUGCUGAACUUUGGUCUCAAAGUGAAGACUCACCUAAGGAUCUGAUUUUUAAAUUUGUGCCUUGUUUAAUCUGCACAUAGAAUCUAAAUUUUGUUUCCCAACUAAGCUUCAAGUGUUAUUAUUUAUAGAAGUGGAAACAAAAGCAGAAUUCUUAAUUUUACUUAUUUUUUUUGUUGUUUUAAAGAAACACAUUUACUUUAC